UUCGUUUAGAGAUGGCAUGGUUAACAGCUAUUAGUUCUUUAAUAACAAUAAUUCUCUUCAAAAUAGAACAAUGAAACAUACAUACUGAGGCCCAAAUAAAUAUUUUAUAUUUUAAGCAAUUUUUUUUUUGGAAAACUACGUGUUACUCAGUGUUAUUAAUGAAUCAUAGGUAUUGCAAAUUAUUAUGAAAAUAUAAGUGAAGAAAUAAAUAUUAAGUUAUUUUUUAUUAAUUAUUUAUUGCGACAUUUUAAUUUGUAGUUUAUGAAACAAAUAUAGAUAUUGCUAUGGCCCUUUUACACCCUUUUAAACAGUUACCUGGACUAUAAACAGAUAUUAGUCUAAUAAACAGUUACAACGAACCGUCUCUUAGCAUCAUCUCGCUCACGUACACAUCUCUAUUCUACAAGCCGAUUUCUGAUCUCUAAACAAGUAUUUUUGAGAUUUUAAAUUUAACUGCCACUUUGAAAAGACGAACAUUAGUCGUAUACCAAGUAUAUUAUAAAUAAGUUAUCGACAUACUUAUUAUAACGAAUGCAUUCAGAAAAAAUAGAAAUACGUCAAAAUGGAUACCCCUCGUAUUUAACAAUGGACUCGUCCUAAAACUGUAAUUCUGUUGUUGACGUAUCCAGGUCCUUUUUAAAAGAAUAAAUCUCAAUUAAUUUCGAAGAUACAUCCUUCAAGAAUUCUUUAUUACUUGUUUAAACAGCCUUGAUUCACUUUUUAAAAUUGUAAGGUUCCAGUAAUAAUGACGCCGAGUAACAAGUUUUUCAUGUGGAAUCGAAAUAAAAAGGAAUGGAUAAUUUAAAUAACACUAUUCAUGAAAAAUGCAAUAAUGAUUAAUUGUUUGCCGGAACGUGAUUUUGAAACUGAAUCACCAAGAAAAAAAUAUUAUUGUUGUAUGAGCUAUUAGUUGACGAUGUUUGCUGAAAUUGUGUUAACCGCCAUAGUGUUUAUGUUUAUUGGUAUAUACUGCAUCUUAACGAAACUGCAAUUUAUCACGUGUGACAGUAAUGUUUGUUUAAAUGGCAAGACUGCUCUAGUUACUGGUGGUAAUAAAGGUUUAGGUUACGAGAUAGUAUUGCAGUUAGCUUCGAGGGGAUGUAAAGUCAUUAUAGCAGCUAGAGGAGUGUCGGAAGAUCUCCGAAAAAAAAUUAUAAAAGAAACUCGUAAUCCGAACGUAAUUAUGGAAUACGUGGAUUUUUCGUCGUUCGCGUCGGUGAGAAAUUUGGCUGGGAAAUUGAAAACAACCGAAUCCAAAUUAGAUAUACUGAUAAAUAACGCGGGGGUUGGUAAAUCCUUGAGGACGCCGACCGAAGAUGGGCACAAUAGAACAAUGCAGGUCAAUCAUUACAGCACCUUCCUACUAACGCAUCUACUUGUAGAUCUUUUGAAAAAAUCUGAAAACGGAAAAAUUCUGUUCACUUCUUCUUUUCUGGCACACGUACACGUAUUAACACGAAGAAACGUCAGCCGAAGUGGUAUACCAGACGCUCCGCUCGGCAACUUGGAUUAUUCCAAUUCGAAAUUCUGCUCGAUCAUUUCGGCGGAAAUUUUCGCGAGCAAACUCAAAAAAUGGAAUAUAAACAGCAACUGUUACCAACCGGGUAUAGCGAAAACCGAAAUUUUCAAAGAAACCAGAAAGAAUCUCGAUAAUUUAUUGGACGCUGUUAUUUAUUUUUGCACCAUGCAUUUAUUACAAACAAUCUUCGGGGUGAACCCGAAGCUUCCUUCACAAACGGCCGUACAAAUUGUUAUCGGCGAUGAAUUCGAACACGUCACCGGGGUAUAUGUAGGAAAAUAUUUCAAGGACCUCAAACCGAGAGGGGCUCGAGACGAUAAAUUAUGCGAAGCUAUCUGGAAGGCGUCCGAAGCGGCGGUACGAUUAAAACCGGAAGAAAAGUUAGCCGAACGCGAACCAAACAGUGAGAUCGAAAUAAAGAGCAUUGCCGAACGAUACCGACCAGUCCGAGAUACCCCGAUGUACAUAAUGAUUUCGGCUUUGUUUUACGUUACAGUGUUUUUGAUUUUUCUAAUUUGUAUUUGUGUUAGAAUUUAUGCAAAGUGGCAUUGUGUUUGGUGUAGAAGCAAUGUUUGUUUAAACGGAAAAACCGCUCUAGUUACAGGGGGUAGUUUAGGAAUAGGGUAUCACAUAGUCGUUAAUCUAGCCUCGAGGGGAUGUAAAGUAAUAAUUGCUGAUAAAAUAAUUGACCAAGAAAUAAAAAAGCGAAUGAUAAAAGAAACUAAAAAUGUUAAUAUUCAUUUUGAGCACAUAGAUUUGGCUUCAUUUAAAUCUGUCAGAGAUUUCGCAGAAAAACUUAAAACCAAAGAAGAUAAAAUCGAUAUUUUGAUUCAUAACGCUGGAAUUGGUAAAGCUUUCGGUUGUUUGUCUGAGGAUGGUUUGAAUAAACCUAUGCAAGUGAAUUAUUACAGUCCAUUUCUAUUGACGCAUUUACUCGUAGAUCUAAUGAAGAAAUCUUCAGCGGCUAGAUUGAUUUUCACUAGCUCGGGAUUCAGUUUUUUCAAUAAUAUAAAUAUGCAUAGCAAAAAUGAACACGAAGUCGAUUUAGGGACGUCUCAAUUGGAUUACCACACCUCCAAGUUCUGUUUAAUUCCAGCUGCCGAUAUUUUCGCUGAAAAAUUACGGAAAUACAACAUAACCUCAAAUUCUUAUCAUCCGGGAGUAGUAAAAACCAGAAUGAUUGAUCAGUUUAGGGGAGAACGUAUGGGUGUUAUAGAGCAUAUCGUCGGGAUAUUUUUGAAAUUUGACGCAAUGUUAGUAGGAAAAACACCUGAAGAAGGCGCUCAAACCGCUCUAUAUUUGGCGUGUUCUAACGAAGUAGAAGGUAUAACUGGAAAAUUUUUCGGAGAAGCAACGCCAAGGUUCAAACCUUUGGCAGCUUACAAUCAAAAACUUUGUAAGGCUCUAUGGUAUCAUUCCGAAAAAGUAGUUGGACUUACAACAGAAGAAAAAUUACCGUAGAGGGAUAAAAAAAUUGAAUACGAGUAAUAACUAUAACAUUUUUUUAAGUAACUCAUACAUUAUAAGUAUUUUAAGAUGAUAUUAAUU